CGGAUUUCCCAGCGCACCUCGUUGGUACUUCAUUCCGGAAGCGGGUCCGACCAAAGAGGCGGGACUUCCCUCCCGGAAGUGACCCACGUGCUUCCGCCUUAGCCUACCUGGUUUUACGGUCGAGGAGGCCAGAAGGAGAUCCCUUCCACGGUGCAGGGCUGAGAUGGAUCCGCUCAGGGCCCAGCAGCUGGCCGCAGAGCUGGAGGUGGAGAUGAUGGCUGAUAUGUACAACAGAAUGACCAGUGCCUGCCACCGGAAGUGCGUGCCUCCCCACUACAAGGAAGCAGAACUGUCCAAGGGCGAGUCUGUGUGCCUGGACCGCUGUGUCUCCAAGUACCUGGACAUCCAUGAGCGGAUGGGCAAAAAGUUGACAGAGUUGUCUAUGCAGGAUGAAGAGGUGAUAAAGAGGGUGCAGCAGAGCUCUGGGCCCGUGUGAGGCCCCAGCCGGUAUACAUCCCGAGGUGCGCCCUGUCUCUUCCCACUUGUAACAAAAGUGCCCCCAUUGGGUGUCAUCUGUGAAGACGGCCAGGCCUAGGCUCCUUGUGGAGAGGCUCCAGGAGCCCAGAGUAUGAUAGAGCUGUCUCCCGGUUGAAGAAGGGGUGUUUGUCCCCCUGGGAUGUGACUGUGCAUGUACGUGUAUGUGUGUGUGUAUAUAUACAUAUAUAUUAAAACGGAUUUGUCGACACUUACCAUAUGCA